UUCAUCAGUUACACUCUUCUCUCUUUGGCCGUCUUAAAAUCUCCUUCUGGCAACGGACAAGAUGUCAAAUCCAAAUGUUGGUAAUGCUGAAGUAGAUAUUCCACCUGAAUUGCUGAUAACAAACUUUGACGAUCCUAUCCGUGCUAUUGUGCAAAGUACGUACCCAAAUCUUCUUUCGCAUUACCAAAAUGGACAGUUUCUGCAAUCACGAGCUAUUCUGGCUUCAACUGUUGAGGCUGUUGAUCAAAUAAAUGAUUAUGUAGUUAAGUUACUUCGAGGUGAAGAAAGGGAGUAUUAUAGUGCUGACUCUAUUGAUAGUUCAGAGAUGAUUCCCCCUGAAUUUCUGAACAAUUUCAAAACAUCGGACAUACCAAAUCAUAAAUUGACUCUCAAGGUUGGGACGCCGAUAACACUUCUACAAGAUUUAGCCCCAUUCGGGGUCUAUAAUGGUACUAGAUUAAUUGUUACAAGACUAUCACCCAUAGGUAUAUUUGUACUUGAGGCCAAAAGAAUGUCAGGAGAAAACAUUGAUGACCCGAUAUUUAUUCCUCGAAUGUCAAUGUCUCCUUCACGGUCGUCGUUUCCUUUCAAGUUAGUUAGAAAACAAUUCCCAAUUAGUGUCUCCUAUGCAAUGACAAUUGAGAAAUCUCAAGGUCAAUACCUAGACAGUGUGGGCUUAUAUAUACCUAGAUCAGUGAUAAGUCAUAAUCAGCUAAAAGUCGCAUUCUCUAGUGUCAAAAGCAAAAAUGGACUGAAGAUUCUAAUCAAUGACAUGGACAACAAAGCAAUGGCCAGUACUAUAAAUGCGGCCUUCAAAGAGGUUUUCGGAAACGUCUAACAAGUGACCAUUGGUGGUUAGUGCAUGCUGAAGGAAACAAACACCAAAGCUGAAGAUCAAAUGUAUUGUCAACUACUCUAUCACUAUCAAUCUAUCAUUACAAUUCAAGUUUAAGUUGGAUUUUGUUGCUUUUUUGAGUUAUGUUCUUCAUCAAUGUUGUUUUUUAUUGUCAUUUUGGAACAUAUUAGUACUAAACUAGCUUGUUUUCAAUGCCAUGUUAAUGGUGUGUACUUUAUUUAUGUAUUUUGUACUCUAUAAC